CCCUUUGGAUCUGUCCCCGGGAUCCCUUUGGAAUUGUCCCUGGGAUCCAAAGGGAUCUGUCCCCGGGACCCCUCUGCCGCCGUCCCCCCUCCCCGGUGACGAUGAUGCUGAACUCGGAGCCGCCCGCCCUCGACGUCCCCUCGUCCCACCCGGACCCUGAGCCCGCUCUGGGGGCCGGUGCCGGUGCCGGCGCCGCGGGCCCGGCCGGGAAGGAGCCGCUGAGCCGCGAGGAGCGGCGGCGCCGGCGCCGCGCCACGGCCAAGUACCGCACGGCGCACGCCACGCGCGAGCGCAUCCGCGUCGAGGCCUUCAACGUGGCCUUCGCCGAGCUGCGGCGCCUGCUGCCCACGCUGCCCCCCGACAAGAAACUGUCCAAGAUCGAGAUCCUGCGCCUGGCCAUCUGCUACAUCUCCUACCUGAACCACGUCCUGGACGUCUGACCUGUCCGUCUGUCCGUCCGUCCGUCUGUCUGUCCAUCCGUGUGUCAUCCAUGUGUCCAUCCAGCCAUCUGCUACAUCUCCUACCUGAACCACGUCCUGGACGUCUGACCUGUCCGUCCGUCUGUCUAUCUGUCCAUCCAGCUAUCUGCUGCAUCUCCUACCUGAACCAUGUCCUGGACGUGUGACCUG